AUUUGGAAAACGUAGGAGUACGAGGAGGACUAGCCAGUGGGGUGAUGUCAGGAGGGAAUGGAUUUCUAAUUAAAUGGAGUGAACUGCAAGAUGGAUAUAGAGUGCGCUAUCCAUACGGAUUGAGUUAUGAAGGAAGUGUGAGGAAUGCAUAUGUAGAAUGGAGCGUGUGUCAAGAAAGCUAUGCGAGGGGUGUAGAAUGGAGCGAAGAACGUUGUCAGCAGUAUUACUACAUUGGUACGAGCAUGAUGGGCUCCAUAGUAUGUGAAAGGUGCAUCAUAGGAGCAAAGUAUGCCCUAUUUAGUAUCUACGAUGAUGGAUAUGUUAAUAAGAUGCACAUACAUAGUAAGCACCUAGCAAAGUGCUUGUAUUGUGAAAGAAGAAUAGCAUCGAGCAGUGUACGUCAGUGUGACAACAGUCCGUUGGGAGCGAAGCAGCUAUAUAGUUGCCGAAGAAGGAAGGUGUCGAAGUCAUAG